AUGCUCACGACAAGAAUGCCGCAUUUCACGCUGGUACUGCCCCCCGCACUGAGUGGGCAGGAGGACGCGGUGCUGCUGCGCCACGCACUGCAGUGCGGCACCAAGCAGUGGGGCGAGCUGGGGAGGAGCGGGCAGCUCAAGAGGAGCAACAAGUCGUGCUGUAACCGCUACAUCUUCCUCCGAAGGAAGUUCAGUGACCACUUUCGCCAGCACUUCCUCCAAGAGCACCUCCAAGCCAUUGGACGCCCCCACCACUUUUCGUUUCACCGAGACUGUCAGCCGCUGCUCUGCCAGGAUUUCAGUCAGCAGCAGCAGCAGCAGCAGCAGCAGCGUUUGGAGGGCGAGGGUGCAGGUGCAGUGACGUUGGGAGGGCUGUCGUUGGACGAGUGCAUGAUGGUGUUCUUCGCCCCCAAUGCACGCCGCCCACCAGCCCCAACCAACCUCUUAUCUCUCGCUACCCCUCCUGCUUCCCACGCUCCUCCUCCUGCUCCCCCCGCUCCCCCCGCUCCUCCUCCUGCUCCCCCCGCUCCUCCUCCUGCUCCCCCCGCUCCUCCUCCUGCUCCCCCCGCUCCUCCUCCUGCUCCCCACGCCCCUCCUCCCACUUCUCGCACCGCGGCCUUCUCUGCUGAGCCUGCUUGUAUCACCAACUUCCCGUUCCCCCAUGAUGCCUUCCCGGUCGCAGCGGCCUCCGACGCCGCUGGUCUGCGUAGUCCCUUGAAGCGACCACGCAGCGAGUGCCCAGGGCUGGGGGUAGACCAGCCACUGCUGGAUGCACGUGAGAACGGGUUGCUGCGAGACGGGUUUCUGCGAGGCGGGUUUCUGCGAGGCGGGGAGGUGUGUAGCAUGGAGCGCUACGGUCAGUCAGUGGCGGAGCAGUUCCAGCAGCACGGGGAGAGCAGCUGCAUGCAGGCAGCUGAAAACGCCCUUCUGGAUGCCCUGCUGCUAGGGGAGGACCACCAGCAGCAGCAGCAGCAGCAGCAGGGAGGAAGGAGGAACAGGGCGCAGCGGGUGUUGUGGCCGCGCAUUGGGUCGGAGAGUGCUCUUCCAGACGACGUGCUGCUGGGAUGCACCAGCGAGGGCCCUGCUGUCAUGCACCUCAGCAACGCCAACAGCAACGACAACCAUGCUCUCUUUCUUGACAUUGACCCGCCCAUGGCUCACCUGUUGCUGGGUGGGCGUGCCCUCACCGUGCCCUUUACCAGUGGGUCUCAGCAGCAGGUGCUGGCAGCAUCUGGUGCUGCUGGGGCAGCCCUGCCCGAGUGGAUGGUGGAGCAGGGAGGGAUCGGGGAGGCAGGCGCUCAGCCACACAGGCAGCAGCAGCAGUAG